CACGCAACACUCAGCGUCACCAGCUAGUGUCACGCAAACCGCAUGACACUGGUGCUAUUUAUCUUUUUUGUUGUUGUUGUUAUUAUUAUUUUUGUUCUUGUUGCACAACCACCAAUUACCGGAUAAGCUUACUUGUGGCAAUUACUUGAAUUAAAGACGACUACGACUACACGUCAACAUCAGCGUAACUAGUGUCACGCAAUACUUAGCGUUACAAAGGUUCACGAAAUCCACUCUGAGACCCAGAAACGACUACAUUAAUGUCAACAUGUUUAUUUGUUUGACACACUAGAUAUGGGCAAUGUGCAAUGAUCUUCAUAUAUAACAACCACCAAAAACAAAAACAAAAUGACCGGGUUUUUUUUUUUUUUUGUUUACUGUUUGUGCUUCAUCCCUUAUGAGGUAUACCGUUUAAAAAUAACAUAAGCUCUUGGUGUUUGAGGUGCGUUAAUCUGCACGCCAAAUCCAAUUGCGUCAAUGAAACAUUAAAUCGGCAUAGCGUGCAGUAACACGUGAUAUCUACCCUUCAAGCUUUUGUCAUCUCCAAUAAUCAUCAAGCAAAUAAGAUUUUAUCCGUUUUGCCACGCACAUUCAGCACAAUGUCGUUUAAGAGACUAUUCUACAGUUUUAGGGAACGUCUUAAAAGUCAAGCACUCUUUUGUAUGACUAUCCGUACUGCAAUGACAAGACCGAUAGGCAUCUUGGAAAAAAAUUUUUAAGGAUGGACAUUUCAACAUAGAAACGAUCAUAAAAGCAAUUAGAGUUGGUAUUGUUAUUUUGAAUUGUUAUUAUAAUUGCCAAUUGCCGUGUUUAGUACUAAAAUGACAACACGAAAAUCGAGUUCCUGGAUAAUGGCGUGCGCUAGUUUUUUCCCCGCCUAAAUCUCUAUUUGUUUCUUGUUUACACCAUGACUGACAAAAUACUUAUGUUUCCUCUGUCCUUCUGAACUGAAAGGACCAUAAAGGACCCCUUCUAUCAAAAUUAAGUUCGAGGUUUCUACAUAGUGCUGCAGUACAUAGUUUCAUUUUGAUAGCCGGAAACUAACAAAAUAUACUAGAAUAAACGAACUAGUAAACACAAGCGGAUGAAUUAUGAGAAGGUUUCGGUUGUCUUUCAACAAUGGCGCUCCAAUUCUCGAGGUUAAGUCAUAAAAAUUAAGAGGAAGACAAAAAAAUUCGAUUUAUCGAGGGUUCGAGUCUUCGGUACUUUGUCAUUCGUCAUGUAAAAAACAUUAGAGUUUGGCUCUUUAUCAACAUUCUAUGUUGUAUGGCGGUUAUUUCUAUCACAACUUCCAUGCAUGCUUCAGGCGCCUAGUCACUUGGGCUCAGCGCUUUCUUCUGAAUUCCAAGCAAUUAUCCCAUUGAAAGACGACAUCCAUGCUCUGUGUUUCUAUUGUUAGUACUAGUACUCAGACUAUGGGCUCAAAUUAUGAUAAUGGUUAAGUUUCAAGUAACAAAGACUACAUGCAUUUGUUUAUGUACCUCUAUACGCUGCUUCAUGGGUUGGGAAUUGGUUGGAGUGGAUUGUCUGUGAUAAGUUUAACGGGUUUAUUAUUGUUGCUUUUUGUGCUGGUGAGAAUGAGGUACAUGGUUAAGUGGGAUGGCCUUAAGUAUAAGAUGCAAAGUAAUCACGAAUUCCUCUAAUGAGGUUAUCGAGUUCAAUCCCUCACUACCAAGACGUAGUGACUCAAAAUCUAAACAUGGCAAACUCGCACCGUGCCAAGACUCAAGCGCGCGAGAGAAAAACCUCGAAAUCACACGGGAGAAUUCGCACACAAAUUCCACCUCGGAUUUACAUAGCGAUAAUCUAAGUACUAUCGUAAUUGAGGCAAUCGAGUCGGAUAAACCAAAUCACCAUACUUCUGUCGACAAUUGCUUGAAAUUAUUGCCAAAGAUAACGAGCAAUUCAGAAAAAACUUGCAGAGAUUCGAAUCAAGGCGUGAUUGAGCGGCAUACAUGCGGUGCUCGCGGUAAUUUAAAGUGUAGAAAUUGCGGAUUUGGCGAUGAAAUGUCGCAGGAAGGGAAUUCAACCGUCUCCAGUGUCGCCACGGGAUCAGACGAAGAAAGAAGUUCCGAAUCGCAAUGGCAAAUCCCUAAGAUUGUAAUACAACUACCAGAUGGCGAAGUUACAGACAGACCGAUUAAACUACCUCCGAAAAAACCUCCAAGAAAAAACCCAAAAAACAAAGGCAAUAAGUCACCAAGCACACCUAGUAAACCAGCCAUGAGCGCGAGGAGAGAUAGCGAGGAGAACAUAGAGAAGGCGUUAGAAGCGGGGCUUGAUCAAUUCGGAGUGGAGGUCUUGCAGGAGAAAGAGGGAGAGAGUACUCUGCGAUCUAAAAAACCAUUGGGUGACCAUGACGAUUUGUGUGACUUGUUAUCGGAGCUGGAGGGCUUGGAUAACACACGCAAGAGUCUUACCUCGAGUUCGGAUGAUGAAAAAACAAGCUCAUACACAACUGGUGAAGAAAGUGGACCCGAAAGCAUAGAAAAUAUCAGCUUCGGCAGUGAAACGUGUAGCACAAACGAGGGUUUAUUCAGUGGCUUUAAAAUAACGGAUAAGUUUGGUGUUUUGGAUGCAAGCGUGGUCAACACCGUAGGCGAGCUUGCUAGACAAGAGGGUAACAGCGUCAAAACAGAGAAGAGCAAAGUAUUUGAACCAAGCAAUGCGCAUGGGUCAGUGAGUGGGGUAACAAGUAAACUAGAUGAAUCUAGUCAUCGUGUGCAAUACUUAAUACAAACCAAAGAGGAAAAGGGGCACUCGAUUGAGCUUCAAAUGGACGAAUUGGUCAAAGAAUUGGAGGGUUUUGACGAGGGAAAUGCUGAUGGAAAAGGAGAAAUUAAGCAGUUAAAGAAAAGUGGAGCUGGUUUGAAAAAUAUUGCUGUAUGUGAUUCAGAAGUUGAACGUCAACAAAGUUGUAUGGUUUCUCAAAAGAUAAACAAAGAAACAGUCUUGGAAUCAGUGGAAAAUUUCGAUGCAAUAAGUGAGGAUUAUUUAACCGCUGAAAAACGUGUAGCAAUCUCGAUUCGGACGGAGAACGAAGACAAGAUUACGGUUCAUCCUGAAAAAAACAUCGCGAAAUCAGAGGGUUUGGAACAUGGGAUACGCGUUGGAUUUGAAGUGCAGAAUGCAGAGGACUGUGGACAAAUGGCUGUGGCGCUGAAUGCUUUGGUGUCUGGCGGCCAUAGAGAAGUUGACAGACAGGAUAAAGCAAUUGUGGAUUCUGUCGAAAAAAUUUUUAAGCACGAGGAAGAGCGAUCUGUAUUCAAUGCGAAGACUAUGCGUGAUUCGCCCGAAGGCGACUCAAACGUAAAUAUUGCGAAACAUGGUACGGAAUGCGAUGCUGAGAGUUCAUCUCAAGUGGGCUGUGAUGAGAUUUUGAUGACUCCAAACACGCAUAGAGAUGUUAUCAAGAUGAGAUCCAGCGAUAAGGCGGAGGGUGGAUUAACGCAAAGGGAGACACCACGUCAACUCGAGAUGCCGAGGAAACAGCAAAUUCAAUUAAAUUCCAGCGCGGAAAAUCAUGGAAUUGAGAAAACGAUAAUCUGGGGUCAAGGAGGGACCAUUUUUGCUAAAUAUAACAUGGCGGGUUCGGUUUCGCACGAGCCUGCGGCCCAUGACAGCGUGAUGCCGUGUAAGAUUGGUGUUAAACCAAUGGGGGAGCGAGAAAUGAGUGACGUCAACAGGUUGCGUGAUGUAUCAGAUGUGUCAGGGACAGGGCCGCUGACCUUGAUGACAGCAGGGGCUAAUGCGGGUGAGGAGAGUAAUGAGAAUAGUGAUGCAAGUAUGCUAGGGAUGGAAUGCUCGUCUUCCGUUGUUAAAUCACGCGCUGCAAACCAAGCUAUCGAAGAUGAGGACAUAGCGGUCUUCAAAAAUACACAGAACAAGAGUAUCAGCCAAGCUAUUGGUGGAGAACACAUGGCGGAAUUCGCCAACAAUGGUGACGAUUUCCAAACAGAAAAUAGCGUAGUGGAAACCUCUUCAGUUCAUGUAAGUUCUGAUUUUAUUUCUUUUGAACAUGCAUUACAAGUUAACAGGGAAUUGAUGUCAUUAAUUCAGACUAUGAACAACAAGGAUGCCAACACGAGACCAGAUGUCGAUCAUGUUGCUAUGGAGAUGGGGGCUGUGGAAGUUAGCGAUGAUUGUGAUGCUCCGUUAGGGGAAGAAAGAAAAGAUGAAAACGCAACGAAAAGUGAAGAUAAAGUCAAGCUUCGUCUUGGUGAACAUUUCAAUCGUGCAGUUGCUAUGGAAAUGGAAAAUUUUGUGACUGACGAUAGCAGUAUGGCUGUCUUAGAGUGUGGAAACAAGGAAAGAAACGAGGUGAACGCAGCUAAUGGCGACGUGGAAGAAGACGCUGAGGUUAAACAUGCCGUUGCUAUGGAAAUGGAGAACGUGAAGGUUCGUGGUGAUGGUGGGGCUUUUUUAGAGCGCGAAAACGAGGCAAGAGAUUAUGAAAAUACAGUUGAUUGGGACAGCAAAGAUGUCGAGAGUCGCGAGGACGAAGCUGUCGGUGUAAAUGUCACUCAUACAGUUGCUAUGGAGACGGACAAUAAGGAGGUUCGAGACAAUUUUGGGGCUUCUUUAGAUGACGAGAGUAAGAACGAAAAUGCAAUUAAUAUUGACAGUGAACAUGUCGAGACUCGUGUAGAGGGAAAAGUUGUUGGUGAACGCGUUUGUGGUUCUACGGUGGAAGAGAAAGUAAAGCCACAUGAUCCUGAUAGAGUCAUUAUAGGAAGUGAAAAUGAGGAUGGAAGAGAUGGGAAUGAAAACGUGGAGGCCAGAAAGCAGUUCGCUGAGUCCGGUCAAAACGCGUCACUUGAAAAUGCAGAGGACACGAACUUUGAGACAAGUAUUUACAGCUCUGACCAAAACAUUAAUAACAGUUCGGUCAUUGAACAGAGGGAUGUGAAUAUUGAUUAUCAGUUAACAAAUAGCGCUAAAGAUAGAGAAGGAAAUUCAGGUGUAGAGGAAAUUUCAAAAAUUGAAAAUGAGGAAUCAUUAGUUGAUGACUUUCAAGUGAAAAUUGAGAAUGUUUUAGAGACUCAAAUUGAGAGUGUGACAUUUAUGGGAGGGAGUGACGUCACGCUAAGUGCAAUGCGUAACAAUGUUGGGAGUGUGUCACAAGAAGGUACCACGUGGUCGCUCGAGGCUGGAUUGCGUGACAUGCCCGUUUCCUCAAACCGUGAUAUCCAUGACGUUUCUCAAGAGCCCAUACCUCCAGAUGGUAGCGGAGAGCGUGACACUGAAGUGUGUCAAUCGGCGUCACAUGAUGGGUUAGAAAUGCGUGACGAUAAGGCACGUGACACUGGUGUGCGUGACUUGCGUGGAAUGAACGGCGUCAUAGUGACACAUGAAGAUAAUGAGGUCAGUAGUUCACAAAAUGAUGUUGAUUACGUCACUGUAUCGCAAAAAUAUGGCAAUGGUGUGACUGGGGCAGAAAAAGAUGGUUGUGACGUCAAUGGGACAAGUAAAAAUGGCGAAGAUGCCACUGAGACACAUAAAGAUGACCGUGACGUCACUAUGACACAAAGGAAUGCCGAUGACGUCAAUGCUAGUAAUGACGUCAUUGUAACACAAAAUUGUGAUGACGUCACUCUGUCACAUUAUGAUGAGCUUGAUGAACAAGGUGAUGAUGACGUCACUAAUAACGAUGUUACUGAGGACAGUGCAGAGAGAGUUGGAGAUGAAACUACUAUUUCUUAUAAUGACGAUGACGUCACUGAAGCUAGUAACAGGAUGUUUGAGGAUGAUUCUUCUGUUGCAUACAAUGAUGAUGGCGUCACUGUAACUAAUGACAAUGGCUAUGAUGACGUCAUUGCUAAAGGUGCUGUUGUGGAUGACUCUACCGUUGCAUACGAUGGUGAUGACGUCACUGUAACUAAUGGCAAUGGAUGUGAUGACGUCAAUGCUAAAGAUGCUGUUGAGGAUGACUCUAACGUUGCAUACGAUGACGUCACAGGUGGCGAUGACGUGACCGUCAAUAUUUAUUUCCAGGAAGGGAUGAUGGAAAUAUCAGAAGAUGGGGAAAGCGUCAGUGUAUCCGACCGUGUAGAUGGGGCGGAUAACCAGAAGGAAUGGGUACCCUGUGUGGCUGAGUUCGCAGGGGCGUUUGUAGAGAACUUGUUGAAUCGUUCAAAGGCCAAGCUAAAAGAGAUGUUAGAAAAACAAGAUUCUUCUAGUGAAGGCUGUGAUAUAGCAAAUGGCGAUGGAGAAAGCGUCAGUAUCUCCGACCGAGCAGAUGUGGCUGAGAAGCCGGAGCAAUGUGUGGUGGAGUUUGCAAGGGCGUUUGUCGAGAACUUAUUAAACUGUUCAAAAACCGAGCUAAAAGAGAUGUUAGAAAAUCAAAAGUCUUCAAGUGAAGGCUGUGGUAUAGAAAAUGGCGAAGAGGUGCACAUGCUAGAAAAUAAAGAGACUCCUCAAGGCUAUGAAUCAUUUGCUGAGCCUGAAAACGAAGAUGGCAAAGAACUGUAUAUACAGGAAGGGCAGAAAGGUACAGAGUUGUACGUUGACGGCGAGACUUCCAGUACUCGAGAAGGCGUGCAAACGUUAGCGAAUGAGCAGGAGACAAAUAAAAGGGAUGAUGACGUGCUAUACAGACAAUGCGAACAGGUAGAAGACACAAAUUCUGUAGAGUUUUACGAAGAUGAUGUUCCCAGUUCUAGUGAAAACAUUCACACUCUUUACGAUAAGCAGGAAAGAGAAAAAGAUGAUGAAUACACGGAAUGCGAACAGGAAUCCGAGGAUAAAACAGAAUUGUCCCUAGAGAAGUGUGAACAAGAGGCCGGUGAUAUUGAAAACGCUGCAAGUGAAGUAUUGACAGGAAGUAAGGUAGAUAUCAAUAAAGAACGAGUCAUUCCGGACGAAAUUGAGCAAAAACAAAUAGAUAAAGAAACGGAGAGUUGUUUAGUGAUGGAUGAUGUUGCGAGUUUGCCACAAGGGGAUUCUGUUGAACGCAAGGGUGGUGACGGUAUGAGAGAAUCGAGCAUUGGUCUGGUAACUGCCGAAAUAGAAAGCGUCGAAGAGGAGUCGAACAAUCACGAGUCUUGCGACCGUAAAGAAAAUGAUACAGAUCAGGAAUCGAUAAGGAACCUCAUUGUCAUUACAGAAACUAAAGAUGUUAACCUUCCGCCAAACAGCGAAGAAGUCAGUGCUCAGUUCAUGUACGAUAAGGCAAUCAUCGGAGAAGAGACUAAUGUAGAGAUUGUCUCCAAACCGAUCGCAGUUGAUACAUCCGAAGGUACUUCCGGAGAUAAUCUCCAUGGAAACGCUCUUACCCCGGAAACUAGUCUGACCAGCCCUGAGAAUAAUGUACAAGAACUAGUUGUUUCGCUAGAUAGGGAAGAUUUCCAUGAACUCGCUGGCACUGAUAGUUCAUCCAGCGUCAACAAUGGUGAUGUCAGGGACCUCAGAUGUGCAGAAGAAUCAUUGAAUGGAAUGGCAACUUCUGAGGACAACCAGCAAAGUCGGUUAUCACAUUACACCCACCACCAAUCUAUUUUAGAUGAGACACUAACCGAGAACCGUAGGUCAAGUUUGCAAGAAUUGAGUGAUCUUACUGUCCAGGAAACUGCGACUACUCCAGGCACCAGCCGAUUGACGCCAGAAUUCCACCUUGAACCCUGUUUCCAGGAACUUCCAAAUUACCAUGACCACGUGAUUACUGGCGACAUGUCCUCUAAGAAUGUUGCCAGUGUGCAAGACCUACAACCUACCGCCUCGGUUGAUGUGAAUGAUGCCAAUGUUGAGAAGUUCUGGACAGACAAUCAAGAGUGUCGACAGGUAACAAGUGAUUCUAAUCAGGACAAAGAAAGUACCCCAGUAAGUGUUGCUCACAAAGAUGGUCAUGAGAUCUCAGUUACUGAUUCAACAAAUCAAGCGUUUCUUUUGAAUGACCAGGAAAGUGUCUCCAAGCAAGACACCAAGAAUCUGGACACAUCAGGUGAAAGUCCGCUUGUUGUGGAACAAACAUCUUCUGAUAAAGAGACCGAUGGUGACCAGGAAGACACAGCAUCGGGUAUCAACGAAGAAAGCGAGGUGCUCGGCGAAAUAGCAAAAAUGAUUGAUUUCCAGGAAUCUGAAACGCUUUCUCCUGAUCGAGAUGAGGAGAAAUCAGGACUAUCUCAGCAAACUAGCGAAAAAGGAGAAAGCAGCGGAGAUCAGGAUAAUGAUGUAGGGGUUGAUGAGAAAAAAUUAUUAAAGUUAUCUCAUGACUUUGAACAGAUCCAGUCAGAUGAGACAGCAGUAGAAACUCGUAAGUCGAGUUUCCAGGAACUGAAUGAUCUUGUUGUCCAGGAACCUACUACCCUUCAAGACGCUAACCGCCUGACACCAGAAUUCCACCUUGAACCACGUUUCCAGGAACUACCGAAUUAUCAUGUGUCUGUAAUCAUGGACGAUUUCAGGAAUAGUGAAGAAGAUUUUAUGCCUGUUUGUCCAGAAAUUGAAGAACAUGAAAGUGGUCUAAAUUCGGGGGCGCGUGGUUGUGGUUUGAAAGAACAUAAUGACCAAAUGCCACUUCACGGCGAGAAGAAAGUACAUGAAUCUGAGCAGGAUGAACCUGCUAAUGACCAGAUAUCACUCGAUAAUAAGAGAUAUUUACUCGACGUUGACCAGGGACCUGCCAACCAACAAGUGCACCAUGAGGGCGAGAGGGAAGUACCAGGAGUUGACCGGGAUGAAGCUACUAAUGACCAGAUAAUACUUGAUGGUGAGGAAGAUUUACUUGACAUUGACCAGGAAAAAUGUGUUGAAGAUCAAAUACCACUUGAUGAUGCGAAGUACCUACAAGACGUUGAACAAAAAAGUUUGACGUUUUAUGCUGGGGCUGUCAAUCUUGACCAGGAAAAGUCUGUUACAGACCAAGCACCUUUGGAUGACGAAAUAAAUGUUGAUAGCCAGGAAAAGUAUGCGGGCCAGAAUAUCGGCAACAUUGUACAAGUUCUCCCAUCAAAUGGCCAGGCACAUGGUGCCGGAGCUCAAAUGUUAUGCAAAAGCCAUACUGAAAUCAAGCUGAAGUCACCAAAUCUUGAACUUGAUCACUUUAAGUCUCUGGAGUCUGAUGGAACUGUCGAAGGGGAAAACCAAAGCACUGAUCAACCUCCACGUUUUAGUAAGGAAGGAGUGGCGGACGUUCACGGUGUUGUGGAUGAGGAUGACCAGAAAAAGCUCCGUGAAUCUAUGAAUACUAACAAGCAUGACAACUCAUAUGAAAUCGAGUUGAAAUCAAAAGAAGUGGAAGCAAAUGCAGGCGAGUUGAAUGAAGGCGAAACUAUUGCAGAAAAUGAGUCAUGCUUUCCGAAUCCUGGACAACAUGAUCAAACAACAGAUAAGACACCAAGAGCGCCUACUGCAGCAGAGAAUGAGACGUGCGAUGAAGAAACUAAUGCAGUCUCAGCGAAGAAACAAUCGGAUCCCGAGAUUUACGAGAUUCGUUAUGUUGAGUUACCGUCCACCCGUCAAUCAAAGCUCGAGGUGUCAUCCCAGGACAACAGUGUUGACAACGAGGAUUUCUCCGACGAGGAAGCACUCAUGGCAAUCGAUAGCACGACGGAAGCUAUCAUUUCGGCUUACGAAGGAGACGCGCAGAAGGCUGUUCAAAAUAUACAGGUUGAUUCUAAUACAGUUGAAGGUAAUUCGUGUGGGACUGAUCAGGAUAUUGAGGUCUUUUUGUCUGGAGAAGAGGCAAAGCCUGGCCGGGUUAAAGAGGUUGUUUUAAGAUUUUCUGCCAGUCAGAGUAUUUCGGGUGGUCACAUUAAGGAGUAUGAAACUGAGGAACAAAUGGUUGAGAGACUUUUGGCUCAAAGUUCUGAGAUUCAAAAAGGAUUCGGUGAGAAACCGUUUGAAAAUAAAAAGCCACUGGUGAAAAGUACAAAAACUAUUAAACUUUCUGACUCGCAAGAAAAGCCAGCUAGCAGCGAAAAGGAUAGCCAAAUUCGCUCCUUUGAAAUGCUUGUGUACUUGGAAACCAUCGCAAAGGAGCUCGAGACGUUCCGACUUGAGCAAAGCAAGUUAAAGGAGUCAUUCCGCGUCUGCAUAGCUGAAGUUAUACGAAGUCUUGGGUCUCUAAGUGAAGCAAUAGAAUUCUUCGAAGUCAGAACGAUCUCAAGUCUUCAUGAGUGUAGAAUGAAACUGGGAAAGAGAAUAGACCAGUUAGAUGAGCAAGUCUCCAGUAAAGUGGCUACAAAAACGCUGAUGAAGAGUUAUGACUUUACACAGAGUCAGUUCGCUGCGUUGAAGCAAAGAGUAAAGGACUUAGAGCAGCUUUGCAUGUCCUUGAAGCUGAAAGAGCUUAAGGAGGAGAUCUCCCGAGAAGUACUCGCCGAGGUAAGCGGGCUAAUGACGCGACUAGACAUCACAUCAGGCGAGGUAGGCAACUUGAGACAGCAGGUCCGGGAUCUGGAGAAAGAGUGUGGGGCCAUCAGGGGAAGGCUUGCAGGCUACACUGCCAGGCAGAGGGAAGAGGCCGACCCUGGUCCCGUCUUCCUGGAAAGUGGUAAAGAAAGUAACACGUCCAAUACAACGGACCCAUUGUACAUUAGACAGACGUCUCUUAGGGAAUUAACAGAUUCCAGGGAGGACUUGCUGGACAGUGCCCGCCAGGAAGAGUACCGUGAGAGACCUCCUAUUUGUACUACCCACGAGUCUGGCCCGCCAUCGAUGCUCUAUCAUUCUACAUUAACAACCGGUACUUACCUUAAAGACCACGGUAUCCCAGUACCAACUUCACUACGAAGCUCCACUGAGUCCAGGAAUAAAAGUGCAUUCACUCAGUAUGAUGAGCGGUGCAAGGCAGUGAAACAAGCGGGUGAAGAGGGGUUUGUUCCAAUUGAUUUGUCCCCGAAGUCUGGCAGGAAUGUCUGGGACUAUGAUGCACCAGAGAUAGCUCUAGCUGAUGCGCCCCAGGAUCCGCGGAAAAUGGAGAUCAUCAAUGAGUCAGACAAGAGAAAGUUGACUCUGGCCGAGAGAGAACUUGAGAGACAACCCGAAGAGCGUGCUAUUACACCGAUACAACAAAGCGCCUUAUCAGAUAUAGAAGAGACUCUAAACUUCUUAGCGGAGCAGUCAGGGCUGAUAGAAAAACAGAUACUUGAGGCCAGUGGUCGUUCCGGCUCGCGCAGCCGCAGUAGCUCUUCAGGGAUGGGGUCAAGCUCAGACAUGGACGAUUUUGAUUUCAUGGACCCGGUGGACUUUCCCCUACCCCCACCCCCCGAGUGUAUGACUGAGGGGCAGGAGAAAGGCUUAAUGAUGCAGCUGGCGCAGAACAACUCCCAGCCCCCUCCCCCUGGGUACGCAGUCUUGGCAUCGGUGGAGCAACGGUUAAAACACGUGACACAAGAUAAAGAUGAAUCAACGUCUCAAACCACGUGCGCAGAGCAACAAUCCACACCAUCUUCUACUUCUAUGACGUCACUUCACACAGACCCCAACGCGACACGCGAGGAAAGAGUAACGUCCACGAAAGCACUGGCACCAGUGGCUUCACAACGCGUGCAGACCCACUCAGUACAGAAGCAAGAGCCGUCACGCGGCAGCCUUUCCCAAGGGACACGUGAGGAAGGAGGACUUUCCACGAGAUCCCCAACCUCCACUGUGUCACUCCACGUGGACCAACAACAAUUCGCUGCCAAGGUUCCCUCACCCCCACCCCUCACGGUUGCUGGAUCUAAACCGAUAUCGAUCCCAUCACGUGACGGGCACGCGCGAGCCCCCACCUCUCUUCCAGGCUCGCCCCAGCUCUCGCACCUCUCGGGCCGUUUCUCUUCAGAUGACGUCUCUCCCACCCCUCCCUACUCUCCCAGUCAGAAGCAAGGCUUCUCGUUUCCCCUUCGUGCCCCAUGGCGGCAUCAUAAAAAGUCAGAGAAGCUAUUUGCGCUUAGCGGACUGCGUUCGUCUUCGUCUCCAGCGUUUUCCAGACUGAAGGCAGAGGAGGAAGAAGCGAAAGAUGAAGAUCUUACAAGAAAGGGACGUGAAAAAAUGGUACGAGCUGCGACCACGACAGUAGAGGUGGAGGCGUCAACUGGAGCUAGGCCAAGUCAGAAUGUGUCACUUGAUGCAGGUCGACAAUCUCAAGAGUUAAAACAAAGCGUAACCAUAGAGACGAGUGUCACUGCUCCACCCACCACCCCACGGGCACACUCCACUAGAAGAGUGAACCUAAUCUUGACUGACCCCACCCUCCGCGGGAUUCCACAGAAUAAGAUAUUACCCGGGGAGCUCUUCAACAAGCACUGCGUAGACGGUGGAAUGAAGGAGCUAACGAAACACGUUCAGAGGAUGAGCGCUAAGCCGGAGUACGACUGCAUAGUGAUUCACUGCGGAAUGAACGAUGUAUCGCGGGUCAGUAGUGAGGAGUUUCAGUACAUCCAACUCAAACUAGUCUCAACAAUCAGGGGCAAGUGGCCGCGUGCUUUGAUUGUUAUGUCCGGGAUGAUCCCGCAUCACACGGACCGGACUAAGAACGCCAAAAUCACGCGCUUGAAUCAGAGCACCAGAAAUUAUUGUUUCAGGAAUGAGAACUUCGCGUACUUGGACAAUACCAUAGCCCUCCUGGACGAAGAUGGUUCGGUGGACGCGACACUCUACUUGGAUGAGCAAAAUGUAAAUAGCACAAGCGGAAUGGACCGAUUGAUGGCUAACCUGAGAAGCAAGCUUCAGAGUCUGGCUGAGGAAGUGGACGGAGCACCGGACAAAUCUUGGACAAAAAUGUCCGAGACUGGGUCGCUCCAAAAAGAAGACAAGUUGGACUUUUCUCGGUUGGUAGGGUCUGAUCAAUGGUCAGAUCGUGCGAAAGGAAUUCAAGAGGUUGCGCCGGACGGUCCUGAUUCUCGGACGAGAGAUGACCAUCCGGACGAUGUCAAAGCAGGCCCUGGGAUACAGGCAAGAAGCCCAAGUGGCGGAAAUCCAACUGGAAUAUCGAUGCACGAGUAUAACGAGCUUUAUGAUUGGCUAGAUAGCUGCAAGCUGGCCAUUUACAUCGAGCACUUUGUGCGGGCAGGCUUUGAUAUGACGAGUAUUGCUGGACUUACACCACAGGACCUUACCUCCAUUAAUAUCCACAAAACUGGGCAUAGGAAAAAGCUGUUGUCUGAGGCGGCUAAGCGCAAGAUUCCCCUUGACACAUUCCCACAAAGAAAACCGGCGGACAUCUCAACAUGGCUACGACUUAUCGGAAUGGAACAAUACAUCCCAGAGUUCAUGGAUGGUGGAUUUGACGACAUGGACUUCGUCCAAGACAUGGCGAUAGAGGAUCUAGACGCGAUAGGGAUAACGCGGACAGGUCACCAGCGUAAGAUAUGGAUGGCCGUCAACGCACUCCGGGACACAGACGGAUCCAACAAUAACGGCACCCCCCUGUCUAUUGGUAAAACGUCUCAUAGAACCGGGGCAAGCAAGAUAAGCCCACAGAUGACCCAACAGGUCGAGGCAGAAGAGAUCUAUGAUGUACCACCUUUGGCUUUGAGGGCAAGCGUAAAUGAACCAACGGUCUACAGGGAGACCGAUUUAGACCAGAUUACGGGAGCGAAAUCUAUGACAUCAUCUGACACCUUAGCAACAGUGACGUCAUCAGGUAGCUCAGUAAAAGUGACGCCAAAUGUAGUUCAUGUUGGAAAGGACCAUGAGACUGAUUUAGAUAAUUUGUUGUCCCACCUUGAAGAGGAGGGGGUGGCAAUACACCCCUCUCAUCAGGGCGUGGUCGAGAAGGGUUCAGCUUCACCGCGAGACCAAAUAAGCCUCGCGGAGGAUGGUAUCCCUGAUGAGAACUUACUGGAGGUGUCUGUACCGUCGCCGGGAUCCAGCACCAAGGCAGUCUCGGAUGUACGUUGUCCACCCGAUGGGUCUCCGAGUUCACACGAGGCGACAGCUUAUCAAUCCGAAGUAAAACCGAAUUUGUAUGUUGUAUCUGAGUCGAAAAAGAGUGACACAGACACCAGACAUUUCACUUCUCCGGCGACCAGCAGAAAAGAACGUUUGAUCGGAAGCUCGGAUAUAGUUAUUUCUGAUAGUCAAGACAUUGACCACAGUCCAGUAAUAACCAGUCCUCACGCUCAAAAUCAACCGGCUAAGGAACUUGAACAGAAAGUGCUCGGACUGUCUCUAGAUUCAAGUCCCCCCACCAAGCGACCCCCGCCCCCCGUCAAACCAAAGUCAAUCAAGAAAACCUCUCCAAAGGUCGCGCCCAAACCAGGGGGGUCACCACAUGCCCCUCGAGCAAAAGCGAGUUCGUUCUCAGGCCAAAUGGGCCCUGUUAUCGCCAGGGAGGGGAGGCUUAGUCCCAAACCUGACGCAGUUGUCGCCAGGGAGGGGAGGGUGCAGGCAGAGCCAAAUAGAAGCAAAGCAAGCUCGUUCUCAGGUCAGACGGAAAUCGAGGAGUCGCAGAGAGUAGGAACCACGCCUUGUGCCACAGGGGAACCAACAACACGACGCUUCAGCACCGGCUCCAACGCCAAGCACAAAAAAGUACCCCCACCCACCCCUCCCAAGAAGUGGAGUGGUAGCUGGAAAUCACGUGAUAGCGACAGCGAUAGCUCCAUUGACGCCGUAUUGGACGAGAUGGAGAAGAGGAGGGCUGGGUACGAAGAUCGGCGAAAAUCAUUCGAGAACCUUCAGCGGAAAUUUAGCGAGCCUUCCUGUACGAGCCCGCGUAACGUCAUGAACGGCCAGCGGGAUAGCAAGUCUGAUGACGGGGAAGCGCUUGACGAGCAGAUCAAGAGUGUGUUCAGGCGCCCCUCCAUGGAGGAUCUUCUGGGAGCAGAGGAUUUCCCACCCCCUCCCACUGAGGAACAUGAGACCACUGACAGCCAGCAGGAUUCCAUCACAGAUGAAGAACUCCAGAAAGAGCUAGACUGUACCGAGAACCUGUUUAAGGAUAUCAACAGCAUGCUGAGCGACUUUUCCACGGAGCUGGACUUCAUGUUUGACACGGAACCUACUCCUACCUCCUCCUAACAGCGACAAUAGUCCAGGAAAACCAUGUAAUUGUUCCUUCCUGGCCUUUAACUGGUCACUAAUACCGCACGGCGUCAUUCCCUUGUCAUUAUUUGGUCACACCAACGUCACUUCCUGGUCAUCACCUUGGUCAUACUGACGUCACUUCCUGGUCAUCACCUUGUCAAACUGACGUCACUUUCUGGUCAUCAACUUGUCAAACUGAUGUCACUUCCUGGUCAUCACCUGCUCAUACUAACGUCACUUCCUGGUCUUACUUGAUCUUGUUAUUUUCAUGCCUGCACUUAGAGAGCUGUUAGCGUGACCAUUUAACUUUUCCUAGAAAGAGCAGAGUGUUAGGUAUCAGAUAAUCGAAUAACUGAUCAAAUGAAUAAUGUCGUUUUUGAAAAGACGUUUGAAGCAGCAAGUAUGCUUUGGCCCAAAUUAGAUUAUUAAAUUUUAACAAUGUUAGCUAACUAGUAUUAAGUUAACCAGUUUAUGGUAAAUUCAUUAAAUUUCUUGAGUAUGCCUUGAAACAUACUUUCGAUUUUUCGGAUGUAAUGUUAAUUUUACAAAAUCGGCGUAAAGUUUCUGAAUUAAUUGUACAUGCUGGGUGGUGUAGCAAUAUUGUCAGAAGUGCACACAAAGUAAAUACACAGUAAACUCAAGCUACUAAACAAUGCGAACUGCUUGUAAAAGUCUGUGUUAUCGAAAGAUAUCCUUUUAAAUAACAACGGUCCAAAUACAAAGAACCGAGAAAAAGACAAUUUCUGGACCGAAAAUUUGUCCUUUACAACAAGGUUACCCUCAAACCGCGUCAAAAAAGUUGGCCUCUGGACCCCAAAAGUGACCUUAUUAACGCGGUCAUUAAGGACAAUUUCGGGACCCGAAAGGUGUCAUUUUUCUCGAUGCGUCCUUAAUGAGCGGGUGUUCGUAAGGGGCUUGUCCUUAAUAAGCGGGUGUUCGUAAGGGCUCGUCCUUAAUAAGCGGGUUGUCGUAAGGGCUCGUCCUUAAUAAGCGGGUGUUCGUAAGGGCUCGUCCUUAAUAAGCGGGUGUUCGUAAGGGCUCGUCCUUAAUAAGCGGGUGUUCGUAAGGGCUCGUCCUUAAUAAGCGGGUGUUCGUAAGGGCUCGUCCUUAAUAAGCGGGUGUUCGUAAGGGCUCGUCCUUAAUAAGCGGGUGUUCGUAAGGGCUCGUCCUUAAUAAGCGGGUGUUCGUAAGGGCUCGUCCUUAAUAAGCGGGUUGUCGUAAGGGCUCGUCCUUAAUAAGCGGGUGUUCGUAAGGGCUUGUCCUUAAUAAGCGGGUGUUCGUAAGGGCUCGUCCUUAAUAAGCGGGUGUUCGUAAGGGCUCGUCCUUAAUAAGCGGGUUGUCGUAAGGGCUCGUCCUUAAUAAGCGGGUUGUCGUAAGGGCUCGUCCUUAAUAAGCGGGUUGUCGUAAGGGCUCGUCCUUAAUAAGCGGGUGUUCGUAAGGGCUCGCCCUUAAUAAGCGGGUGUUCGUAAGGGGUCGUCCUUAAUAAGCGGGUGUUCGUAAGGGGCUUGUCUUUAAUAAACGGGUGUUCGUAAGGGCUCGUCCUUAAUAAGCGGGUGUUCGUAAGGGGUCGUCCUUAAUAAGCGGGUGUUCGUAAGGGGCUUGUCCUUAAUAAGCGAGUGUUCGUUAGGGCUCGUCGGUAAUAAGCGGGUGUUCGUAAGGGGUUGCGUUUUGUAGUGAUUUGUUAUGCUUGGCUGACUACAAUCUUAGCGCGCUAGCGACGCAAUAAGGCUAGAUGAUUUAAUUAAGCGCGUGCGUGUGUAGACGUAAUAAACUAUCGUUCACCUCGCUGAUUCAGGCGCACAGCCGAUUUGCUAUGAUGUCUAUGUCACCCAUAGUUACUCGUAAGCGAUUUGAUAAGUUAAUGCUUCAAAAAUAUAUCCUUGAUAAUAGGACCUUGUUUGGAUAAUACCGUUGUAUAUUGUAAACUGUAUAUUAUAAUCGUCCCUGAGUAUAGUAAAACGAUAUUUUUCGCAAA